CUCCGACCGAAUCACCACACCAUCAACAUGAAAGACCCGCGUGCGGGGAAAAGGAGGAGAAUUUCCGAUACACCGCCAGUAGACGAAGACGGCGAUAUCGCGAUGCAUGAUGAUGCCCAGGAAACUCUCUCAGAUGCUCCUGGAUCGCCAACUCCAUCAACCGCUAAAUCGCGUCGCUCGUCAAGGGGCGCACAGAAGACUGGCCCCGAACAAACGCCUGAAAGAGAUAGUGAAGAUCUCAAUGCUGAAGAUAUACAGACUCCUUCAAGAACUGGGACAAGAUCAAGUGGACGAACACGGAGGGCGCCUCAAAGAUUCGAGGAUGAAGUCAGGCAUACGCGAUCGACAAGGAAGUCCACAGCUACGUCGACACUAGGCACAAAUGAGGCUACCCCAAAGAGUACGCGGAGGCCCAGACACGUAUCGGAGACAGGCAAUGAUAGGGAGUCGCCAGACUCCCCGGCUGAGAAACUAACGAGGACGAGGUCUAAAAGAGCGACUGUGCGAUUCGAUGGGUUGGAUAAUACGCCGAAAGGAGACUCAGGAGCAGCCCGCAACGGUCUACAGCAGCCACAGUCCCCCGAUGAUUACCAAGAUGGACUAGACGAUUUAGUGUCGAUGCAACUACAGCAGGACAUUGUUCAUGAGGGGCUAAGUGGCAAAGAAGAGGUCAUGUCCGCUAACGAGACCGUCCCCAUAUAUGCCGAGCAAUUCCAAGCUAUUGCUAGCAGCGGUGUAGAAAACGAAGUGCGACUAUUGACAAAGAUUGUGAUCGAAAAGCUCAAUGGUAAAAGGCUAGUGCCUUUGAAGGGACUUGAGUAUGAAUAUCACAAGGUCUAUCAAGUUAUCGAGCAAACAGUUACCGUUGGAGAAGGUAACUCGAUGCUACUUCUCGGAUCACGGGGAUCCGGGAAAUCAGCCAUCGUGGAAACCACUGUCUCUUCUCUGAAAAAGGCACACAAGAAUGAUUUCCAUGUUGUUCGCCUUAAUGGUUUCCUACACACUGAUGACCGAUUGGCACUGCGCGAAAUAUGGCGCCAGCUUGGUCGUGAGACUGAUACUGAAGAAGAGGCCGGCAAGGUGACCAGUUACGCUGACACCAUGGCCACACUUCUUGCUCUUCUAUCGCACCCCGAAGAGCUAGGUGGCUCUUCAGACAACCCAGAAGGUGCAACAGCCAAAUCAAUUGUUAUUGUGCUUGAUGAGUUCGACCUGUUUGUGACGCACCCACGCCAAACCCUCCUUUACAAUCUGUUUGAUAUCGCGCAAGCGCGAAAAGCCCCGUUGGCAGUGCUAGGACUUACUACGAAAGUUGACGUAACGGACAUGCUAGAAAAGCGAGUGAAAAGUCGAUUCAGUCAUAGAUCCGUUUACGUCCCGCUUCCAAGAACUCUCGAGGUAUUCUCCGAGAUCUGUCUCGCUGGACUGAGCCUAGAAGAUGACGAGGUUUCAGAGCUAUUGGAGGAAUUAAGUGCCGACGAGCGUUCCCUCGUCCAGUCCAGUGGGUGGGGGAAGGCAUCAGAAGGGUGGCGAAUGUAUCUACAGGGACUUUGGGCCGACGCUGCCUUCCAGACCCAUCUACGCAGGAUAUACCACCAAACAAAAUCCGUCAAAGAGUUCUUCACGAGUGCCCUAAUGGGAUUAACGGAGCUGCACCACAGCACUCACAAUACAAGUUCCUCCUUGCGAGUCCCGAUCCCCACGAGUUUUACAACCCAGCUCCUCUCCUGUCCAGACCCGGCCCCGCUGCCGUUCUCAACGUCGACAACCGCAGCAAGCCCGUCGUCACUGCCGUUAUCCUUAUUAUUGGCUGCAACGCGAUUGACGGCGCUGUACGACCCGGGCCUCGAGGCCGCACAGACCCAGGACCUUGCUCCACUCGCCCUGUCAUUCCCCGCUACUUACGCGGAGUAUGUCCGACUGUUGACAUCAGCCAAAACCUCCGCAUCGGUAUCUGGUGCGUCUGUGACUCCUGGGCGUGUCUGGGGCCGGGACGUCGCACGGGAAGCGUGGGAGAAGCUAGUAAGCUGGGGUCUGAUCAGUCCUGUUGGUGGAGGCAGUGGGACGGCGGACGGGCGGAUGUUCCGCGUAGAAGUCAGCUUCGAGGAGGUGGUGGCUAUGGCUGGAUCUGGGGGAUCACUGGGUAGAUGGUGGCGUGACGGAUGAUUUUCCUCCGACGGCACCAAAAAAAAAGAACCGAAAAGGAAACACGGUUAGGGAUACUGGUGUCACAGAUGGACAGUAGUACUCGUCUAGUGCGACGCCCGUCGAAUUGUAAUGGGGUUAAAAAUAUCUCGUACCCCGAGUUAGGCGGAUCGCUGAAGAUGGCUAUUGCUGCUGUACGAGGUGAGAGAUGGCUGUGCUAGCAGCUAGGCAGCCUUUCAUCUAUAGUAGUUAUAUAGUACUGUAUAAAUCAGCGAUAUUCCCGAC